CGCCAAGAUCUGCCACAAGUCUACUGGAAACAGAUGAGGACCAAACAUAUUUCAGAUAUGCUUUGACUCCUAGUUGGACACAGCUCGGUUUAUAUUGCAAAACCAGUGAGGAUCAGGUCAUUAAAAAAACAGCUUUUGGAAGGACGCUGUGAACUAUGUCUGCUGGAAACAAAGAGACUCCGAGAGACACUGCAUGUCAAAGUGGGACUGAGUAUUUCUCAAACCCUUUGAUGAGCGAUGUUGCAUCGGACUGGUCUCCGAUUCAUGAUGCAGCCUUUAAUGGACGGAUCCUCGCUCUGCAAAGGCUCAUUGCUCAGGGCACAUGUGUAAAUCUGAGCACUCUGGACAAGGUCUCGCCCCUCCAUGGAGCGUGCAUGCAGGGACACACGGCAUGCGCGAAGCUUCUGAUGGAAAAUGGGGCAAAUGUAAACAGUUCAACCGUGGAUGGACAAACCACCUUGACAGAAGCUUGUGCUCGGGGUCACGUGACCUGCGUGUCGCUGCUUCUUCAACACGGAGCAGCUUCUCUGGGGACCAGUCAGUCCAGUUCUCCCAUCCACAGGGCAGCAGCCAAAGGUCACCCCGAGUGCAUCGAGCCUCUUGUUCAGUACGGUGCAGAUGUGGAUCAGCAUAUUGACAACCUAGGCUCUCCUCUCCACGUUGCCUGCACCAAUCAGCAUUUAAGUACUGUGAAGAAACUGCUUCUCCUAGGCGCUAGCGUGAACAGCAAGGCAUCUGGUGACUCGCCCCUGCACAUUGCCGCCCGUCUGUCCAGCCCCGAGUUGGUGUCCGUCCUGCUCGACCACGGGGCAGAUCGCUUCCUCACCAACUCAGAGGGCAAAAGGCCGAUGGACCUCGCACCUCCCAGCAGCCCCUCGGACAGACUGCUGAGACAAGCAGGAGUGUCCCCAGGAGUGUCUCCUCUAAUGCAGCUGUGCCGGCUAUACAUCAGGAAAACUGUGGGCAAGCAGAGGCUGGGUAGGAUUUGUGACCUUCACCUCCCCACGGCGCUGAUACAGUAUCUUCUCUACCGAUCAGACCCGAGGGCAGAUCUAAUGCACUGACAUUCCUCAACCUUCCCGUCUCAGGUUCUUCAGAGCCUCACAACUAUCGGUCAGUAGGGGGCAGGCUUGUAUAAUAUUGCAGGGAGAUGAUGACAUCAUGACUCAUAAUAAUUAACCAUGAUUCCCCUUUGUGACAGACCUCGAAAACAAAUUCAACAUCAAUGUGGACAUUUAUACGGAUGCUUAAAAGUCCUGGAGCAAGAUGCCACAAUUAAUAGCAAUAAAGAACGAGACAUAUUUUAAGUGAGAAUAAAAGCUGCAAAUGACUAUAUAAUGAGUUUAUACACUGAAACUACUGGAAAGCUAUUUUUGAUAUUACACAAGCACCUUCAAUAAUAUUGUUUUUUUUGCCAUUUGUACCAAAAGACUUUGUAGAUGUUGCUGCAGAGUGUAAUGUUGUUUACACAAAAGUAUUGUUUUGUAACGUGUCAUACAAAUGAACCACAGAUUCUUGAUUAUUUUGAAUAAAAGCCAUCAUACGUCUGGUGUGCUUGCAUCAGGCUGGAUGGGCAAAAUGUCAGAUA